AUGCUCUCUUCCACAUCUCUGGGACCAAAAGACCGUCUUCGGAGAACCAAGUCAACUCGUUCGAUCCGCAGACCGCGUCAGGAUUCGGGGUCGGCCGAACCGUUUGACCUGGAGACUGCGAGACAGCAUGCCACGGCGGCCGCGUCUUUAGCCAUGCGACGUUCGACCGAGAGAUCCUCUCUGGACUCCCAGCGCUCCUAUGAUCGUCUGGGAGGCCCGGGAAGCAUGGCUGUGCCUCGACGAAGACAUCACCCCGACGCUUACCCUCACUCCUUCGCGGAUGGUGUAGAUGCUACUCAUACUCGUUCGCAGCCAACCGACGAGUCUUCUGGGGACUACGAUCCCAUGUCGCUAGCAAUGUUGCCUCCUAUCAGUGAAUUCGGGGGCCUGGACGGCCGCGACUCCUCCCUGCCUUCGUCGUAUCGGCGACUUCGCAAGACGCGCUCGAUGUUCGCCACCGGUCAACGCUUCUCCCGUAGAAGCACUGGAGUGUCGUCUCAUUCCUACGCACAUCCUGCAAACGAUGGGUUAUCGCCACCCGAGGUGCCACGCGUGUCCGGGACCCUAAGGCGCUCAUGGUCCUUCUUCAGAGGCGAUCAAGUCGCAUCCAACGCAAUGGACCAUGCCGCAAGUCGUGAAGCCGCAAUACAGAUAGCCCGCAGCCAACUCGAGGAGCAGUCCGUGCCCGACAUGGGCCGAUACAGACAACCUUCAUUCCUCGCGGCCAGACCAAAACGUGAGCACAAACCGUUCAGGAAGACUUUUCGCGACAUCAGUACCACCGAAGGUGCCCUGGUUAGCACACCCUCUCCGCGCGGCUCAUUCAAUAGCGAUUCACCCCAUGCAAGGUCCCGAUCCUUCUCGUCCUCCAUCAAGAGGGGAAUCAAACGCGCCCUGGGCUUGUCGAAGCAUGUCGCGGCACCUAAGAGUACACACGACUCGCCUUCUUCCUCCAAUUGCCACAAUGCCAAUCCCUCUUCAAUCAAGUCGACGGCAGAAGGCCUUUCUUCUAACGAGAACGCGCGACCAUACCCAGCUGAUGGCCUGCGUGAGGUGGCCAGUCCGAGUACGAGUCGACCGGCGACUAUUCGAAGCGCCCGUAGUAUUGACAGCUUUGCUACUACGCGCUCGCGCGUGACCAGUUGGGCUGACUCGUCCGCAGCCAAUACCAUCACCGCCAUGAAAGCAGGCGAUCGGGGUUCCUUGUCCGUCAUCGAGGAGAAGGGAAUCUCCAAUCGGAACUAUGAGCUGGCCACCCCGGACUUGCCGCCGCCGACUCCCCACAGCAUUUCUGACCGCCUGAGGCCGGACGGCACUGUUGAUAGUCGACGAUUGUAUGCGGCGUUGAUGAAACGGAUCCGCGGUAGUGGCGCAAACGAUUCGACUGAAGAGGUUGUCUUUGGCCAGGUCAAAGAGCAUCGCGCUGUUCCGACGCGAGCAUCUUCUCUGCGCCCGCGUCGCAGUAGACAGACGAUCCGCCACAUCCCCAGCGAGGAUUCGGUCACUUCUCCCAAAUCGUUUGCGACAGCCCGAGGCGAUGCGCCGACUCCGCAGGUCCAGGUGCAACGGCGGCCUCAGGACCCUAUUUCGUUGCGAGACCUACAGUAUCUGGGGACUGGUAACCGAAAAUCGACCGAUCCUAAAGACGGACUCUUUGAAGCGACAAAGAGCCCGGAAGAUGAUGCAAGCAGUAUUAUCAUGACCGGUAUGCAACCCCGGGGCAGCAUUUCCGAUUCCUCCAGCGUCUAUUCACGGACAACAAGCGGAAACACGCCUCCGAGGAAAGAUCAGCAAGGCGACUCGCACUCCUCGGAAGCGAAAGACGAACCGGGAGUCGCAACGGUAUAUGCCAGCCAGCGGUCGGCUUACAGCUCCCCGAACCGAGCUUCGGUCUCUCCUCGACGAGUGCCGUCCGUGCGACCCAGCGCCGAUUGGCAGCAAUGGAUGCGGUCUCAGAUGGAGAGGAUCGAAGAUUUCCCGGCGCGAGGAGAUCACUACCGAGAGGACGCACAGAUCUAUGGCGAAGACGAUCUCCCACCGAGAACCUUCUCACGGCGGAUGCGAGCCCCUGAAGACCCCUUGACCAGGCAGGAAGACUCCGCACGGCCGUCUUAUAAUUACUCUCGACCUUUUAGCCGAUCGUCCAGUGUCCGGACAAUCGUGAGCAUUCCCAGGGAACAGACGGGCAGUACGACCAUGCCCUCUCCAUCCGCCAUCCCGAUUCUUCAAAAACCAUCGGGCGGCACGCCCGAGAAGGCCUUCUCGCCUGUUCGAGGUCGGAAAAGAGACGGCAAUCCCACGUCGGCGCCGAUGCAGCUGCGGCCGAGCAACCGGAUCCGUUACUCCAUCUCUCCGACUCCCAAGCGAGACGCGAGCGAGUUCCAGCAGAAAAUGGCCACCAGCGGACUGUACGACAGAUAUCAGACGAAACAGUCCCCAGUUCCUCACGACAGCAAAACCCUCUACGUGCGAUCCGUCCGUGGCCAUCGCGACGCGGCCAGGGUGACCAACGAGAACCUGAAGGCCGACCAGGAGCAAGACGACUGCAAAGAUCUCUGGCAUCAAUCUCCGGGCAUGGGAUCCCCCGUCUCCAGCAAGCGCAUGGUGGAAAUGUUCUUGAAUAGCCGUCGUCAACAGAUGGGCACGGGUAUGUCAGACGACGACAAGACUUCCGAGGGGGCUUUCAUUUGA